AUGAAAAGAAAUAUAUUUGCAUACAGUACAUAUACACUUAUAUUAGUGCUGGUGGUUAACCAUGCACUAUCUACCGUGCUACCAUACGGAAAUCCAUUAAGCGUCGCAGGAGAGAACUACAAUGCAAGCAUAAACCACCUAGAAACUCAGAAGAAUCUAUCUGGGCUGCUCGCAAGCGAACAGAUAGAACAGAUAUCCAGAAUUGUUCAAAAAGCGUUUUCCACAGUGGAAAACAAAUACAAAAUAGGCGAAGAUCAUACGAAGGCAGCACGAAAGAAACGUAUUGCAAGAAGUGUGCCGAGCUCGAAUAUAGCCCCAAUGAAAUAUACUAAAGACAUAGACGAUCUUGUCAUGGGUAUAAAGCAAAGGGCCCCAAGAGACGAAAUACAGCAAGACGAGUAUAACAGAGCCAUGUACAGAAUACUAGAAGAAAUGGAAAGAGAAAUAAAGAUGAAAGGAGAAUCAAUUCAAAAUAUGCACAAAACAGUACUUAAUGAAAAGAAUCAAAGAAGAUCUCCUCCACGAGCUGAAAACCUCAAGUGGGAUGAGCUAAUAAAGAAUGAACUAGGCACAGGCAGCUUUGACUAUUUGAGUAGCAUGCUUUCAAUAGAGAACCGAGAUAAUCCUAUCCCACAGGCAAUUGCCCACAGUUGGCAGCAGCUGUGCACACAUAAGGAUUUAAACACUCUUUCAUCGGAGCUGAAUCUUUUUAAUAGGCUUUCUGUCCACAGUACCAAUGCGAAGAUAGACAAAAUCUUGAGAGUAAUUCAAAUGAUGUCUAAGAAAAUUAAACUACGUGCUGUGAAUAACAAAAGCAUGCAGGACAUUGCCUCUGAAUACACAAAGUUUAAGGACCAGCUUUCCUCUAGGGUGCACGAUUUUGAGAGCAAAAUGAGUGCACAACUGCACAGCGCAUGCUAUGACGUAGUAAAGGAGCACAUAAUAGGUAGUAGAGAGAUAAUUGAAGACUUUGACCGUACACUUACCAAUCAAUAUAAUACUGCUUUAGUAAACUUCAGAAAUAUAAUAAAUUCAGAGCUACAGAUUCUACUGAAUGCCCAGCAAAGCUAUGCAAUUAAAGGAGAAAUAAACAGACUGCUAGACACUGUAGUGCUAUACUACCAGCUGCACGAGAAUAUGCUCAAGAGUGAUUCUGACAGAGUAAAGUACUUGAAGUAUAUGUUUGAGAGGGAGAUGGGGAUUUCUGGAUCUGGCCGCUCACCCUACCAUAGACUAGAGGAAAACUCUAUUCCUCUUCUAAUUAAUUUAGUCAACACACUGAGCAGCUCAUUUACAUCUGUAAUAAAAGAAGAAGCCGACAGUGUAAGCCAGAUUAACGCGCAUGCAAUAAAACCAGGAAAUUCUGCAAACCAGCCAGAAUUGCAACACCCAGUGCGUGUCUUACCACCAGCACGUGAAUUACCAUCUCCAGCUCCAAUUACAACAACAACUGCCAAGCCAACAACCACCACUCCGCAGCCUACUCUCUCUCCUGUAGACAAGAUGAUAAAUGAUAUAAGAGGAGAGUUUUGGAGAAUUCUGCAUACAACUGGCGAAGACAGAAAUAGCACGCAACAGAUAUUAGCAAAAGCAGCAGAAGACUUUGGAAAAGACUGGAAACCUGAAAGUCCUGAAAAUCACCACGGUAGAGAGGUUACAUGUCUUGAGGAUGCUCUAGGCUUACAUAAAAAUGCAACAGCACAGGAGAUCUAUGAUGGGCUGCUCGCAUGGGAGUCCCAAGAAUCUAAAAAGACAUCCAAUUCCAGCAAAGUAAAAGAAGACCUUAUAGAAGAGAUUGCCAGAAUAAACAAGUCUUUGGCCGCAGUGAAGGACAGUGUAGACCAAGCAAACAAGAUUCUUGCAGAUGAAACAAAAGAAUUUAAUGCUCUGGCAGCGACUCAAAGCACUCUUAUAGCAGAUAAAAAUGGCAUAGUCAAAAAGCUAGAUACUCUAGUUGCAGAGCACAAUACUACAAUGGCUAAUCUUGAGGUUCUUACCCAGAAAGUAGCUGAUCAAGAAGUCUGCCUAACUACAACACUUGCAGACAAAAUGGAUAUAUUAGAGAAGCUGCGGGAAAUAAAAGAGAAGAAACAGAAAAGCGAGGAUGCUCUAAAGAGAAUAGAGAAUGCAAAGCGUGUUGUAGCAGGUACUACUGAGUUGCUAGACUUCUUGCAGAAAUAUAAGUACUCAGAGUGUGCUGAUGCAACUGCAAGUAAAUGCAGCUCUUCUAAAGAGGAGUCUCUGCGCCUUCUGUUGAAUAAAGCAGGUCUUCCUAUGGAGAUGGAUGUCUCUAAAUUAAUAUCCAAACUGCGAGAGAUUUCAGAGAAGCGACAGAUAAAUAUUGAUACAGUGCAAAGCGCGCUAAAUACCUUAGAUGGCGAAAAGGCUCUGAAUCUAGAGCAGUCAAACAAUCUUGCAGAGAGAGUAUCCAGAAUGGGCACACUAAUGGCAAACAGUCAAAAUAUAAAGAAAGAUCUUUCAGAGCAGCUUGAAAGCUUGAUCAGUGCAAUACACGAAGAAAAAGAAGAACAGAGCGAAGACAUAUCUAAUUUCAGCAAAAUACUUGACAGGAUUGAGAACAGAAUAAAACAGAUGCAUCGCGAUGCGUUUGGGGUGGAGGAGAAGCAAGAUGCAUCAUUGGAGACAAACCCCACCACCCGUAUAACAGAUCUUAAAAAGAAGUACAAUGAAACAAUAAAUAAGAUUGAUGAUCUGCAGAACAGCUACACUAAAAUAAUGAGUAAUCUUGAUAGUUGCAGAAAUCCUGACCCUGAGCCCUAA